UGUUAAUAAUCAGAAGACUAGCUGCUGCUGCAGUAGGUUGUCUCUCUUGCUCACUCUGUACGCUUUUUGACUUAUGCAUCCCCAAGACACAAAUGUAGACGAAAAAAAUUGAAAGGGGAUCUGGGGACGGGAACGACAGUAUAUAGAUCAGACUCGACUCAGAAAUAUCCCGGGAACAUUGGAACAAUAACGAACGGGGGCGCGCACCGCGCAACAGCAGGGCUGGCAUUUGCUAUUAAAAAAAAAAGAAAGAAAAAAAGAACUAUGUGAUUGUCGAAGAAAAAAGACUGGAAAAAUCAAGACAGUAAGAUCUUGCAAAUUAUUUGAGCAUCUUCUUGGAGAUAACCUGUACAGAACAUGGUUUUAUAACCGUAACAACCAUUGUGCAAAUAAAUGUUAUGACUCAAGAUCAUUAUGUUUUGAAUGGUUGGAAGUGAAGGCAGGAAGUCUCGUUAAGGUAGUGUCGUUUUUUAUUUUAAAUAACAAAUGCAUUGCCGUACCUUAACUUGGAUUGUGUCCUACACUAGUUGUAUUAAGCAAUGUGAUUAGAUACACUGGGCUUUAUUGGAGACAGAGUCGUCGUGCUAUUAAUAAUCCUGGAAUUCGGAGACAGAAAAAUCAACACAAUGCUGGGACACGAAAACAGGAUUAAGGAAAUCACAUCCUACCCGUAGUGGAUUCUGUAGGAAAUAUAAUGAAAUUAAAUUGUUGAAGGGGAAAUUGAGAUUCUCUAAAUUUAGGCGAUCUCGAAUGAAACAUAAGGGUGUUACAGCAACAGCGAUACAAGGCAACAAAUCUCGCCAAUGAGUAGUUUAACUGUUUAUUUAAGUGUUCAGUUGCAUAAUCAAAGUGGCAUAACUGGAAUAUUAGUAUUGUGUACUGUUGCUAAGAUUUAAAACAUUUACACGUGGAAUGUUAAGGUCUUGAGUACCUCCCUUGGUCUCAAGCUAUACUGUGUUGACUAGAAUACAGCUGGAGUACUGUACUUCGGAACUUCCUGGAAAUAGAGCAGCGAUCAAAGUUAAUCUGUGGUUCCAACAACCUCGGAUCCCGAUUCAACUGCUAACCAUGGCAGCUGUUCUGAACUACUCGCCUCCUUGGUGGGCGAACCUGUUACACAGACUCCCUCAUUUCAAUCUCCAGUUUGAGCAAAUAAGCGGUGAAUUUCGUCCUGAAGAUUCUCAAUACCAGGAGUCGUUGUUGCUGCUGGGGGCUGUGGCACUGGGCUGCCUUGCUCUGGACCUCCUCUUUCUCCUCUUCUACUCCUUCUGGCUGUGCUGUCGCCGUCGGAAGAGUGAAGAACCGGCGAACGCGGACUGCUGCUGCACCGCCUGGUGUGUCAUCAUUGCCACGCUCGUGUGCAGUGCUGGCAUUGCUGUAGGUUUCUAUGGGAACGGCGAAACUAGCGAUGGAAUCCACCGGCUCACAUACUCCCUCCGCCACGCCAACCGAACCGUGGUGGGAGUGCAGAAAUUGGUUUCUGAAAGCACUACCUCCCUCAACCAGACUGUGGGCGUGGGUCUAGGCGAGCUUGAGGGGAAGUACCAGAAGCAUGCUGAUUACCUAUCAGUCGUGCAGAAGCUGCAGGGCCAACUGGAUGAGCUGGUGCAACAGGUGAUCAAGAUCCCUUUCUGGGGGAAUAGCGAGGCUUCUCUGGAACAGCUGGCUGUGAGAACUGAGCUCUACGACUGGUACAGGUGGCUGGGGUAUCUCAGUUUGCUGCUCUUCGAUGUGCUCAUCUGUCUGCUUGUGCUCUUCGGACUCAUCCGCAAUUCCAAGGGCACUCUCAUUGGGGUCUGUUUCCUGGGGGUGCUGACCCUGAUUAUCAGCUGGGCAUCGCUGGGUCUGGAACUAGCCGUUUCCGCAGGUUCCAGUGAUUUUUGCGUAUCCCCUGACAUAUACAUCUCCAAAGUGGCUGAAGAGAAUGAAGUUGUCAGUAAAGAUAUUCUGCAGUAUUACCUGACAUGUAGCACUGGGCACCCAAACCCUUUCCAACAGAAACUGUCAGGGAGUCACAAAGCCCUUGUGGAGAUGCAGGAUGAUGUGGUAGGACUGCUGAGGUCGGCUAUCCGUGACUACCCCCAGACCAAGGGGACUCUGGAACAAAUCCAGGGGGUGCUGAACUCCACAGAGAUCGGCCUCCACCAGCUCACUGCCCUGGUCGACUGUCGCAGCCUCCACAUGGAUUACGUCCAGGCUCUGACUGGGAUUUGCUAUGAUGGAGUUGAAGGCCUCAUCUAUCUGGUUCUCUUCUCCUUUGUCACUGCCCUCAUGUUCAGCUCCAUCGUCUGCAGUGUCCCACACACCUGGCAGCACAAGAGGAGUGAGGAGGAUGGCGAGGAAGAGUCCAUGGCUCAGGGGAACCGGCAGGCUCAUGAUAACCUGUACCGUGUACACAUGCCUAGUCUGUACAGCUGUGGAAGCAGCUAUGGUAGUGAGACCAGCAUCCCUGCCGCUGCACACACAGUCAGCAAUGCACCCGUCACAGAGUACAUGAGCCAGAAUGCAAACUUUCAGAACCCUCGGUGUGAGAACACGCCUCUGAUUGGCAGGGAGUCCCCACCUCCUUCUUUGUAUUUGGCUGCCAUGGACAAUAACACCCAUCUCAGCUGGCAGCUAAAGCCCUCGGACAGUGCAAGAACAUAUUGGUAACGGCGUCCGCUAAUCUAACAGUACACUUCUAGCAUGAGGGCAAAAUACCUUGCUACAAACCAGCCUGAAUCCAACAGCCCUGCCCCCUAAGGACACCCCCCCCCAACCUGCAUGCCACUGGAAAUAAACUGGGGACUGUCCAGCUUCCACACUUCCAACUGUCCAACAGCCACUUGGAUCCCUCGCUAGGCAAAGCUGAACACCAGAACUUGGAGCUUUUUCAACUGAUCACCUAAUACUCCUGGGUGUGCACUUGUAAGUCUCUUUAUUGUGUAGAGAUCUGCCCUGGGCUCAAGUUUAAUACCAGGCAGAUUCAAAUGUUUUUGAAACCUUCCACCAUCUGAUGUACACAGUCGUUCAUUUUUCAAAAGGAAGAUCAAUUUUAGUGGUUUCAGUUUUUAAUUUAUUAUUUUUUUUUUAAAUUGUUUUAAAAGGCAUACUUGCAAUGCUAUUGAAAUAUUUUACUCUGGAAUUACCUAUUUUUUUUUUUUCUUUAAACAUAUUAUAAAAUCUGUUGCUUCUGGAAUAAGUGCAGCUGCUAGACACUGCAUCUUCAAUCCUUGUUUGAUAUUAUUUUUUUUUAUAAACCACUAAGAUUUGUGUGUGUACGUUUUUAAACACAUAUUUUUUACCGGGGGGGGGGGGGGGGGGGGUUGAUCCUUGGAACUGUCAUUACAGUGAGGCUUUUGCAUUUGUAUUAAAAAAAUGACCUAAGCAUGCUAGACUGUGUCAUAUUACCACUCUCUGACCUGGGUGCAGAAUCAACUUUCAUGGUGUUACCUUUCAGAAUCCUGUUUUCAAACAAUUUUGAAUUUCUGCUGAAUGUUAGAUCCAUUUUUAAACCCAGAUUAGAGAUGUGUGUUAACCAGGUGGUUUUGUCAGUGAUGUCUGUAGAACCCUAAUGCUGGAAUUGAAGUGUUCUAGCCAUGCACCAUGAGUGCUGUAGAUUAGUACAUGUAGGAAUUUUAAAUAGUCACAGAGAUCCUUACCUAGGUCAAAUUUGCUUCAGAUUAAUCAAUAAAUGGUUAGAUCAUUAUUCUGCUUUUGACAACUAAACUUAAUAGUUUGGGAAUUUAAUAAAUUCAUACAUUUUAAUUCAUUUAUUAUUUUGGACAGAAUGCAUAGUCUAUUGGAAAUUCUUAGUCUUGUAAUGUCAGGAUUUCUUUUUGAUGUUUCUUUUACAUGUACUGUUAAUAAACGAUAUGUUUUAAUCAGGAACAUAGUGCUAUUCAAGUCUUGGAUAGUAAAACGUCAUAAGCAUCAGGCUGCACAUAGCUGGAAGUUUACUGUUUUAUUUGUUAGAAGCGUCUCUGUGGGGCAGCUUGUAUUGUCUACUAAUUCCAGCUGUUUUGUUUCUGCUUAAAAAAAAAACAUUCCUUGUCUUAAGACUGCGUAGUGUAUUUUUUUAUUCCAAUGUUGUAUUGUUUAAAAAGAAUAAUGUCUGCAUUUGAAUUAACUUCAAACAUAUCAUAUACUGGCAUGACAAAAUGCACAGAAUACUGAACAGGUUUUAUACAAGUUUCAGAGGUGCAAAGCCAACAGAAACUAAAGGACAGACCAGUGGCUUUCCUGAUUAUGAUGAUGUCAUAUGUUUGUUAUUAUUGUUUAAUGCAGGUUUUAAGGGGGGGUGGGGGGGGGGUGCUAUUGGAAUGAACUGCCACUAAAUGUACUGAAGCGACUUAUAUAUGACUUUGAAUUGUGAGCACCUAGUGCAUAUGUUAAUGUGAAUUGGACACAACGUGUUACAGCGUCCACUUAAUAUGGAUGGCACGAUGACCACUACCAAAAUAACGGAAGAAACAAAACAGGGUAUAUCUCUGGAUGAUCUCCCCCAUCCCGUGAAUUUCUAAUAAGGGAAACAUUUCAAUAUCCAAACAAAAAGCAAAAAAGAAGAUAUGUGGUGGAUUGAUAUAACUUUGGGGAAAACAUUUUUUUAACGAGGAGCAACGUACCUUUUGACCAAAAGCAAUGCAACUGCACAAGGAAGAAAUAGUGCUUUUUACCUGUAAUAAUGAAGUGGCAUACCCGUAGUAUACUAACCCAGGCACUCGUAGUUGUUAACAUGUUUUGGAUUGUUUAUCUUUUUUUUUAUAUGUAAUGGUGGACCUUCAGAUGUAUGCCUUUUUUUUUUUUUUUUUUGAAAUUUGAGGACUGAGAUUGAGGUUCUUCUGACUGCCAACAGACACCUAAAGUCCUUUUUUGAAAGCACAAGCGCUCUUGUUUUGACAAACUCUGGACUCUUGAACAUUGAUUAAAAAAAAAAAAUCCUGUGUAAUGUAAAAUGGAAUAGCGUGCUGUACGCCCCUUACUCUCCACCUUGUAAACUGUGUUGAAACUGUAAGAUACUUCGCUGUGAA